AUGGCGGGAAGAUACACAUUCGUUCCGUCUGUUUGAAAACUCUCCCAAUUUUCGGCUUGCUGAAUGAUUCCGACCGAGCUGGUUUCUUUGUCUGCAAAUCCUCCACAAACCGGAAAAAAUAGAUCAUCAUCACCAUAAAACAGACCUAUCGACAGGUAGAACUGUUCUCAUGGUAUUUAUCUUGUCACAGUGUUUCGAUGGUUUAGACCAACCGAAAGAAGUUUUGUUGCGAUGCCUAGAUCUAUCGGUUUUCUUUCCAGUUCAUGAGGCUUUGGGCUUUAUUAUGGUUCCAGAGUUGUUGCUUCAAUAUGUUGGGAGGAUAUGAUGUAACUGCAAUUUCUUCUGAUAAUAUGCUGAGAAGUCAUUUGAAUAUCCAACAAGAUGAUGCCAGCGCAACAAAGAAGAAAAGAGUGUCAAGAAUUGUAGGUGGAGGACUUCGGCAGUUCAGUAUAAUAGUUUGUAAGAAGGUUGAGUGCAAGGGAAGAACCACAUAUAGUGAGGUUGCAGAUGAGAUCAUAGCAGAAUUUGCCACACACAACAAUGCCAUGUCUUUGGAUGAGUUUGAUGAGAAGAAUAUAAGGAGAAGGGUGUAUGAUGCAUUGAACGUACUCAUGGCACUGAACAUUGUCGCUAAAGACAAAAAGGAAAUCCAGUGGAAGGGGCUUCCCACUACUAAAGUAAAGGAUCUGGAAGACCUACAGGCACUGCGUGUCAAAUUGAUAAAAAGGAUAGGAAACAAAGCAACUUACUUGCAAGAAUUGGAAGAACAAUUUGUAGGUCUUCAGAACCUGAUGCUACGUAAUCAGCAAUUGCAUCAAUCUGGAAAUGUGCCUUCAGAAGGGUUUUCUUUGCCAUUCAUACUCGUUCAAACACGUCCUCAUGCUACAGUUGAGAUAGAGAUUUCUGAAGAUAUGCAGUUGGUGCACUUUGACUUCAAUAGCACUCCCUUUUCCUUGCACGAUGAUGCGUACAUUCUCAAGUUAAUUCGGUACCAUCAACUGGGACAAGCUAAACAUUUUUCUCAGGAUUCUGUGGCUCAUUCAUCUUCAAGCUCUAGCAGUGCAGAUAAGUCCCAAGAAACAACACCUUUUCAUUGGAAUUCUGAGAUUCUGGGCGCUCGGUGAUAAAUACGUAUAUAUCAAUUAUACCACAACAGAGUUGCAGAAUAAUUGACUAUUUUUUCAGACAGCUAUUGUUUUUGUUUUUGGUACACGACAGGGGUAGUCCUUCCCCCAAACUCCUAGAACCCCCUCCUCCCAUCCUGUCCCGGUGAAGGCGGGACUCGCAGCCGCAGCCUAGCUAAAAGUUACUUUGGAUAUGCUACAAACAAAUACAUCGGGCUAUGUAACCAAUCAAGAGUGAUAUUGGCGGUAUGGAUCACUGGGGUGUUCACUUUUGAUCGAUUACAUAUCCCGGCCCUCAGGCUGGCAUUUUCAUUAUUUGUUUUUUUUUUUAUGUUGGGUAUGUGUGUACAUAUGGUAGGAUAGCUUUUUUUUCACUUUGAUAUUCAAAUUUGAGAGAAAAAGGCUUGUGCGUGAGAAAGCAUCUGUUUAUUUUAAGUAUUUUAGAGGAUUUCAAACA